CUACAAAAACCGUCGCGUCCCUCUUGCUUUGUUGGGCUCUCAUCCUCAUCGUUCUAACGUCCACAGUCAUCGUCUUCAUCAGAAAUACUCAAAAUGGCGUGGAGAAGUCAGGGAAUUACCGGCUCUAAUAACAUCCCCCUGGGGAAAAUGCGCCGCUUCGGGGACGACAAAUCAGAUGGCGAAGAAGAUACCUCAGCCAUGCUUGCCUCGGUGCAGGUGCAGUAUCCUAACGGCAACGGCGAGAUGAAACGCGGUCGCAGCCCAGAGAGAUCUGAGCCCGACGGCCCUCGGCGCCGCAAGAAGAGAAAUCGCUGGGGUGACGCCACCGAGAAUAAGGCUGCUGGCCUGAUGGGUCUUCCGACGGCUAUCGUUGCGAACAUGACAAGCGAACAACUCGAGGCUUACACGCUCCACUUGCGCAUUGAGGAGAUCACUCAAAAGCUGAAGAUCGACGAUGUCGUUCCAGCGGACGGUGACAGGUCGCCAUCGCCUCCGCCACAAUACGACAACCACGGACGUCGUGUCAACACCCGAGAGUACCGCUACAGGAAGCGCCUCGAAGACGAGCGCCACAAGUUGAUCGAGAAGGCGAUGAAGAUCAUUCCCAACUAUCACCCACCACAAGACUAUCGCCGGCCGACUAAGACGCAGGAGAAGGUCUACGUGCCUGUCAAUGACUAUCCAGAGAUUAACUUCAUUGGCUUACUUAUCGGACCCCGUGGCAACACUCUCAAGAAAAUGGAAGGAGAGUCUGGAGCCAAGAUCGCAAUUCGCGGCAAGGGCUCGGUGAAAGAAGGCAAAGGCCGCUCUGACGCCGCUCACGCUAGCAACCAGGAAGAGGACCUUCACUGCUUGAUUAUGGCAGACACCGAGGAGAAAGUCAACAAGGCCAAGAAGCUCAUUCACAAUGUCAUUGAAACUGCCGCGUCGAUCCCCGAAGGCCAGAAUGAAUUGAAGCGCAACCAACUGCGUGAGCUUGCUGCUCUGAACGGUACCCUUCGCGACGACGAAAACCAGGCUUGCCAGAACUGUGGUCAGAUUGGCCACCGCAAGUACGAUUGUCCCGAGAAGCAAAACUAUACCGCGAGUAUCAUUUGCCGCACCUGCGGUAAUGCAGGCCAUAUGGCUCGUGAUUGUCCGGACAGACAACGAGGUACUAGCUGGCGUAACGAUGGUCCAAUGGGUGCCCGGCCUGCUGCUCGCGUCGGUGCCGGAGAUGCCGUUGACCGGGAAUACGAGCAACUUAUGCAAGAACUCGGCGGCACUGGAGCAGCUCCUGCUCGUAUCGAAGCAGGGCCAGGGUCUCAGGCCAACGGCAAUGGUGAUGUCAAACCAUGGCAGCGUGGUCCGACAGGCGGUCCUGCUCCUUGGCGCCGUAACAAUGACCGUGACAACAAUGAGGGCGGUCCAUCUGGGGGACCCGCGCCUUGGGCCCGAGAGAGCCGUGACCGGGGUGGCCGCGGACACGAUAGCCGUGAUGGUGGUGACCACUACUACGGUGGAGGACAGCAGAACAAUUACGGCGGUUCAGCCGCACCCGGUGCCGCGCCAUGGCAUCAGGCGCCUGUUCCCGGCGCCGUCCCCGGCCCCCCAGGCGGCUACGGUGGCUUUGCAGGCGUUCCCGGAUAUGGUGGCUAUGGGGCACCUCCGGGCCUAUCUCCCCCUCCCCCUCCAGGCGGUGUUGCUCCUCCAGGCCUUGUUGCCGGGAAUAUCUCCGCGCUCAUCCAGCAAUAUGCGAAUGCUCCACCGCCCCCUCCUCCUUCGGGCGCCGCUCCGCCUCCGCCCCCGAGCGAUCAACCUCCGCCGCCACCUCCAGGUGCCUAAAGUCACGGACGCUGCAUUUCUUGCGCGAGUUUUUAUGGUUUUCAACUGACCACAGUUAACUAACUAUGGAAUGCCUCGAUUUUGGCAAACUUGAAUUUGUCGAUAGUUGUUCUGGCACCUUUUUAGAGUCUUAGGCUUACGAUGGCGUCCGGGGGAUGCCGUAACAAGUGGCACUAACUGUACGAUUAGGUAGGCCGGUUCAGACGGCCUUGUUAGUACUGAUUUAGGUAUAAAAUAACUUGCUCUUGCCCUACCUAGGUAGCUUACUGCAGUGCUACGUGCACACCAAGACUAUGGUAUAGGUGAC